AUGGUGGUUCUUCAGUUACCUGACUGGAUCAAGAUUGGAGAACUGACUUCCAAAAAUUGUCAUCUUUUUGUAAACCUUCAAUCAAAAGGCUUAAAAGGGGGAGGUAGAUUUGGUCAAACAACUCCACCACUUGUUGAUUUUCUCAAGGACAUAUUAAGAAGAUAUCCAGAAGGAGGACAGAUUCUUAAGGAAUUAAUUCAGAACGCAGAAGAUGCUGGUGCCACAGAAGUAAAAUUUUUGUAUGAUGAAACUCAAUAUGGAACAGAGACUCUUUGGUCAAAAGAUAUGGCACAAUAUCAGGGGUCAGCUCUCUAUGUAUACAACAAUGCAGUUUUCACCCCAGAGGACUGGCAUGGUAUUCAAGAAAUAGCAAGAAGCAGGAAGAAGGAUGAUCCUUUGAAGGUUGGAAGAUUUGGAAUUGGCUUCAAUUCUGUCUAUCACAUAACAGAUGUUCCUUGUAUUUUUAGUGGUGACCAGAUUGGGAUGUUGGAUCCUCAUCAAACACUUUUUGGUCCGCACGAAUCAGGUCAAUGUUGGAAUCUCAAAGAUGACAGCGAAGAAAUUAGUGAACUUUCAGACCAGUUUGCACCAUUUAUUGGCAUUUUUGGAAGCUCCAAGGAAACAUUUAUAAACGGCCAUUUUCCAGGAACAUUUUUCCGUUUUCCUCUUCGCCUACAACCUUCUCAGCUUAGUAGUAACCUCUACAAUAAGCAAAAGGUUCUUGAGUUGUUUGAAUCUUUUAGGGCAGAUGCAGACACAGUGCUGCUGUUUCUCAAAAGUGUGCAGGAUGUCUCCUUACAUGUCCGAGAGGCUGAUGGAACAGAGAAACUAGUGUUUAAAGUGACUGCUAGUGAGAAUAAGGCCCUGAAACAGGAACGGCCAAAUUCUGUCAAGAUUCUGGAAACUGCUAUAAGUAACUAUUGUAAAAAGAUUCCAAGCAAUAGCAUAACCUGUGUAACAUAUCAUAUAAAUAUAGUUUUAGAAGACGAGAGUACGAAGGACACACAAAAGACAUCUUGGUUGGUGUGUAACAGUGUGGGUGGGCGAGGAAUGAGUAGUAAACUUGAUUCUUUAGCUGAUGAAUUGAAAUUCGUCCCAACCAUUGGAAUAGCUAUGUCUUUAUCAAACAGAGAUGAUGAAGAAAAAGGAGCAACAUCUGAUUUCUCAGGAAAAGCAUUUUGUUUUCUUCCCUUGCCUCCUGGCGAGGAGAGUAAAACGGGCCUUCCCGUUCACAUCAGUGGGUUCUUUGGCCUGACUGACAAUCGCAGAAGCAUAAAAUGGAGAGAGUUGGACCAGUGGAGAGAUCCAGCUGCCUUAUGGAAUGAAUUUCUGAUCAUGAAUGUUGUCCCUAAAGCCUAUGCUACUCUGAUCUUAGAUUCUAUAAAACGCCUGGAGUCAAAGAAGAGCUCCGAUUUGCCCUUGUCAGUUGACAUAAUCUAUAAGCUUUGGCCUGAUGUGAACAAAGUCAAGGUGCACUGGCAACCGGUAUUAGAGCCUCUAUUCAGCGAGCUGUUCCAGAAUGCAGUUAUUUAUUCUAUUAGCAAUCACUGGGUCAAGUUGGAGCAGGCUUACUUCUCAGAACUUGAUGAAAGUUUGGAACACACAAAGACUGUGCUCAACUACCUCCAUAGCUCAGGAAAGCAGAUAGUCAAGGUACCAGCGAAUCUGGCUGCAGCCGUGCAGCUCACUGUCUCCAGUGAGAAACCUGUGCGGAAGGUGACACCUGCGUGGGUGCGGCAGGUGCUGAGGAAGUCUGUACACCUGGGUAGUGCUGAAGAAAAGCUUCACCUCUUAGAAUUCGUGCUGUCUGACCAAGCUUAUAGUGAACUGCUUGGGUUGGAGCUGCUACCUUUACAAAAUGGAAAUUUUAUUCCCUUCUCCUCAUCUGUAUCAGAUCAAGAUGUUAUUUAUAUUACCUCAGAAGACUAUCCAAGGUCCCUUUUCCCAGGCCUUGAAGGAAGAUUUAUUUUGGAUAACUUGAAGCCUCACCUUCUAGCUGCUUUAAAGGAAGCUGCCCAAACCCGAG